UCACCAUCACCACCACCCGAGGAUACCGCCGUCGCUGCUCGCGUGGUGCCCGGCCAUCAUGCCACCCUGGUGCUCACUGCUGCCGGCCGCCUGGUGCAAUCCGGCCGCCCUCAGGUCCGCUUUCCCGGGACUUUUGGACAGUAUAAAAAUGCCAAGCAGUCAAACGCGACCGUCCGGUUUCCACAUAUGCGACAUACUGGACUUGAACGACGGGAAAGUCAACUCCACCGACAACGCGAACACGACCCUGAGUUCCCAUAUCAACGCUCCCGACGUGAACAACGUGAGCACGGGCUUCCAAUUUCCCAGCGUCCUGCAAUCUUCCGCCGACCUGUUACACCACUGGCCCACGUCGCUCACCGAACUCAGAGACUUUUGGACAGUAUAAAAAUGCCAAGCAGUCAAACGCGACCGUCCGGUUUCCACAUAUGCGACAUACUGGACUUGAACGACGGGAAAGUCAACUCCACCGACAACGCGAACACGACCCUGAGUUCCCAUAUCAACGCUCCCGACGUGAACAACGUGAGCACGGGCUUCCAAUUUCCCAGCGUCCUGCAAUCUUCCGCCGACCUGUUACACCACUGGCCCACGUCGCUCACCGAACUCAGAGGGUUUGGAUUGAGCCAUCACGGGACCCAGCAAGCCAGUCCGGACAGUACGUCUCCUGGGGUAACGGACCUGACGGACACGUCGAGCACGCCUAGCGCACUGGCGGCCGACACUUCGAACGUGAACGCGAACGGUGGCGCGGUCGGCGGACCAGGAUCCGGGGCUGGCGCCGGCGCCAAAGACGAACCGUCUGAGGCCGACGGCGACGAGAUGGAUGACGAUUUCGACGACGAGUCGGGCGCCGCGGGCGGUGAACACGACCGGUCCGGUUCGUCGGGGGCCGGCGGUCACCCAUCCGAUGUUAACGGAGCCGGCGCCGGCGGGGCCGGGGCGGUGCAUAAGAAACGUAAGCGCCGAGUCCUGUUCAGCAAGGCACAGACGUAUGAACUGGAGCGCAGGUUCCGGCAACAACGAUACCUGUCGGCUCCCGAACGCGAACAUUUGGCAUCAAUCAUCCGGCUGACUCCCACGCAGGUGAAAAUCUGGUUCCAGAACCACAGGUACAAGACGAAACGGGCGCAACAGGAGAAGGGUAUGCACGUGGAACAUCACGCGGCGGCCGCGGCCAACGCUCUGUCCUCACCGAGGCGGGUCGCCGUGCCCGUGCUGGUCCGGGACGGCAAGCCAUGCACCAACCAGCAGCCCGGCGCCGGAGGCAAGGCCGAACAGAUGGUGCUGCCGUCGUACUCGCAUCCGCUGAUGCACGGCCAGACGCCCAGAACGUGGUGGUAGUUGAUGAUGCAUACCACGACCGCGGUAUAUAAUAAUAUAUUAUAGUGUGUGGUCAUCGCGACGGCCAGUAUUGUCUUCCUAUGUAAUAAUAAUAAUUAUGUGUAUCGUAUAAUAUAGGUUAUAAUAUUAUGUUCAAUAACCAAUUAUAGGUAUAACCGUAUAGGUAGGUAUAUACGUCCUGUCAAAAAAUGUAUAUCUUCCGACCGCCGUUAUAUUAUACACCUAUUACAUAUUAUAUCAUAAUUUAAUAUUAUUGUGAGUAAAAUAUUCGAAUACGCGAACUUGGGGUUAGCCAACUGACAGGUUAGGACGAUACCUAUCGAAAAGCUGAUCGAUGUGUAAUAUAUAUAUAUAUAUAUAUGAUAGUAUUACCGUUUGCGUGUGGAUAUCACAUCCACAUUAUUAUUAUAAUGUAAUCGCGACAUCGAUUGCGCAAAAAUAUUACUAUUCUGCACGUGACUUGCCUCGACCGCGGUAAAUUCUUGAUUUGCAUACUAUUAUAGGUAUAUUAUUAUACAUUUAUAAACGGGGCGUUUAAUUAGGAAAGCCAUAGCCCAUAGGACAUCGCGAAUCGAAUGAGAAUAAAACAAAUCUGAUUUACUCAAUAAAUUGUCCUAUACGAUAUUGUAUAUUAUACACAACAUAUAUGUACAUAUAUUAUACCUCAGCUAAUAAUAAUAAUAAUAAUUUAAAUAAUAUAAUAUUAUAUGGCAUUAAUGUGUUUAAAUAGAUUUGUUCGGUCCAUAUCGUUAGCGCGGUUUCAUUCGGAAGUUAGCGGCGAUCACGCACUACCACUGUGUUCUCCCUCCCUCGUUUUUUAAAAAUAAAUAUUUAUAUUAUAUUAUUUACGAUAUUUUAUCGAUCGAAAAUACAGUAGAGCAUAGCGUACGCAUGUAUAUUAAUAAUAUUAUUCGGAAAUAACUAAUAAAUUUAUAAAAUGUCCAUUUGUAAAAUAUUAAAAAAAAACUUCUUAGACUAAUUGU